AUGGCGGAGAAUGGCACCGUGGUGAGAGAAUUCAUUCUGCUGGGGUUCCAGCUGCCGGCGGAGUUGCAGAUGGGCCUCUUCUUUGUGUUUCUGGUCCUUUAUUUCAUUACCAUGGUGGGCAACCUGGGCAUGAUUGUGUUGAUUCAGAGAGACCCUCGUCUCCAAACCCCCAUGUACUUCUUCCUCCGCCAUCUCUCCUUCCUGGACGUUUGCUACUCCUCUGUCAUUGUCCCUCAGUCGCGAACCUUGGGUACCAAUAAGAUGGCCACCACUUAUGAGCGCUGUGCCACUCAGUUCUUCUUCACCCUCUGUGCUAGCACCGAAUGUUUCCUUUUGGCUGUGAUGGCCUAUGACCGCUCUGUGGCCGUGUGUAACCCCCUCCUCUAUGUCCCUGCCAUGACACCACAGACCUGCCUGGGGCUGGUGGCUGGGGCCUAUGCUGGUGCCAUGGUCAAUGCUGUGAUCCGCACUGGGUGUACUUUCUCGAUCUCCUUCUGUAAGUCCAACCACGUGGACUUCUUCUUUUGUGACCUCCCACCCCUGCUGAAGCUUGCCUGUAGUGACACCAAGUUACGGGAAUGGGUCAUCUACCUCUUAGCUUUCUUGGUCAUUACAACCAGCAUUUCAGUGAUUCUGAUAUCCUACUUUUUCAUCAUUCAGGCUAUCCUGAAGAUUCGUACAGCAGGUGGCAAAGCCAAGACUUUCUCCACCUGUGCUUCUCACAUGAUCGCAGUGGCUCUUUUCUUUGGGACACUCAUAUUCAUAUACCUGAAAGGUAACAUGAGCAAAUCCCUUGGGGAAGACAAGAUUGUGUCAGUAUUUUACACUGUGGUCAUCCCUAUGCGGAACCCAAUGAUCUAUAGCUUGAGAAACAAGGAAGUGAAGGAGGCUCUGAAGAAAGCUCUCAAUGGGAUGAAGGUUUCCCAAGUAGACUAA